AUGUUUGUCAAGAGCAUUCAGUGUUUAGUGUCAGUCGGGGGCCACCCAACGGGCGGUACCAUCAUCUCCGAAGAAAGAGCAGGCGGUGCAAUGCAAACUUCAACGUUCAUUUUCUGCUGUAACAUUGCACUUGUGAUAGUUUCAAUUUCUGGAUUAUGCCUGACUUCUUCAGUUUUUGAUUUUAUCGUCGUCUCAAGACUUUAUUAUACAGUUCCCGAUCAUAAAGUGCUCAUCAAUCCUCGAAUGGCAUUUUGGCUUUUCCCAUCCUCUACAUUUUCCCUUAUUCUCUCAUUUUUAUCACUUUUGUUCUUAUCAGCUGGUCCACGUGUUAUCAAAUUCGCAGUGGACAAUCAAAUGAUACUGUCACUCGCCCAUGCGCUUCUCAUGUGCGGAGCAUGCAUUCUCUCCUCGUUUGUCAGUUUUAUUUGUGCUCAAAAUGCAAACGAUAUUGCAGGAUAUGCUGCAUUUGCCACACCAGCUCAAUUCCAACUGGCUUCUGCUUGGUACUACAGUCGUCUUCGAGCACUCGUCGUUAUUUCAGUCAUUCAAAGCCUUUUGAACGGAAUCAUCGUCUCUACACUAUAUCUUGGAAUAAGCUGCAAAUACCGUACAUUUGUGCAACUGGCAGAGAAGCCACCACAACAGGGUCUCAUUGAAAGAACCACUUACUUUGCAUAAGAAUACGGAUUAGAACCAAACUUGUAAACGCUGCAUAAUCAAUAUUAUUUCGACUGUUUGCUUACUAUUUUAUGAUCUCCAUAUUUAUACAAAAACAGUCAAUAAAACUUCAAAGUUAUC